AUGAACCUAAAUGCUGAACUCACUCGACAGGUGGAGGGCUCCAGUUUGAAUGGCCUUUCAUCCGAGAGUCUUUGUGCAAUUUGUGGUGACAAAGCUACUGGUAAGCAUUAUGGUGCGGUCAGCUGUGAUGGUUGUAAAGGCUUCUUCCGCCGGACCAUUCGGAAACGGCACGCCUAUUCGUGUCGAUUCAAUCGAAACUGCGUCGUCGAUAAGGGUAAUCGAUUCUGCCUUUUUGUGAUUCAUUAA